CAUCAGUGAUUUCAGAAUCAGAAUCAGAAAUACUCUAUUAAUCCCCCAGGGGAAAUUAAAAUUAAAAUUUGAAGAUUAAAGCUAAAACAUGUCAAUUUGGAGAUCUAACUGACGAACUCAUGUGACAAAAUUGUAUGUGGCAUCACAAACGACUCUCUGAGAAAGACAUUACUGAGGGACAGUGAAUUGAAUUAAGUCUCUAUGUAUGUGUGGCAAAGCGGACUACGGAUAAACCAAAUUGCAGUGUUACAUGUAGCUAACAAACUGGAAAAAUGACUUUAUUAGUUUGUUUAGUACUUAAAGAACAGCUGAGAAUGCCACCUUGGGAAAGUCGCCCUAAGGAAGUUAGGUAACAGUACCCUAAUUGUAAUGAGGCCACACACCUCUAAGACAGCAAUGGGCAAGCUCAUCCUACUGCAUAUGCUUUAAGAUGCAAAUAGGGAUGGGGAGAGGGAAUAAUCAUAACAUUCUUGUCCAAAUGAGGUGACAAAUACCAGUCCAAAUUUGUAUACUCAAAUACAACAUUUUAAACACUUUCUCUUUUGCACUCUCUCUUUCAGGGUGUUUGGUAUUCGUCAGACGGGAGGACAGUUAUACCGGCAAAAUCUUUACAGGUGCAGACAUUUUGUCAAUAUAUGAAGCUCCUGUGCAGAUCUUAGAUCUUAGAACAGGAGAUUCUGUUUUAGCAAAGUGGUCAGAUGGUAAAUUUUAUAGGGCAACUGUUGAAUAUAUUUCAGGAAAAGAUCAGACUCAGUCACCAAAAGGCUGCCAAACUCCACAGGAGUCAUUUUUAAAUAUGUUGGAAGCCAAUGAGCCAUCACACUCAACAUCAGGGUCUGACACCAUUACAGUAGAUCAGAACCCACUGUCUGAACAUGAUAGUAUCACAGCGCUGAAUCUAUCAAGUGAUGGGGAACUUGUAACAGGCAGCAACACUGUUGGACCACCACCACCCUAUGGGUUGCUCACAUGCCUGUACUUCCUCCGUGAAAGAAAGGAGGUUUACCAAAGAGGGAACCAUCGGUCCAUCACCCUACAGCGGCAAUACAGCCAUACCAUCACCGUAUGGCCUCCACAUCAAUUGUCAAUUUCCCUAUGGGGGCCAUACAUCUAGCCUACCACCGUAUGGCCUCAACAUCAAAGGUCCAUCUCCCUACGAAGACCAUGCAUCCUGCCCAUCACUGCAUGACUUCAACAGCGCUGGCCCAUCACCAAAUGUCUACAACACCUUUGGUCCUUCACCCGGCGUACACAAUCCACCUGACAAUAAAAACCCAGCUUUCCUGGCACCGGACAGGAGAGAUGCAGGCAACCCAUCUGUCGAGGACACUAUCUCGUAUCAACCGCAGGCAGAAAACUCAUGGACGCCAUGUGAUGGAUGUAGGAAGGAGUUCGAAAAAAUCCUGCGAGAAAAGCAACGAAUCGAAGAAGUCCUCUUGAAAAUAGAUCCGGGCCAAGUCAGAGUACACCAAACUCUCUGCGACCUCGUUGGAGACAAAUACAGCGACGGCCCUCCUCAACAAUCGGGCCAGCAGAUGCUCUUUCCUGAGAGCGGCGUAUUCAUAUCAUCGUUCCGCCUUGCUGCCAUGAGUCAUGCUUCAAAGCCCAAUUGUAUGCGUUUAUUCCACGCACUUUUUGACCACUUUUUUACAGUUGAGGAGUGUCAAAAUGCUGUCCCUUUUGGUCGCCCUGGAAACAAACCUGCAGGAACAGGAAAGCGCAUCCUUGACCGGAAAAAAGUUGAAGGAAUCCUAACGUAUGUCCUGAGAUGCGGUACCCUUCCUGAUUGGGACAAUAUUGAGGAGGCCAAGCUCAAGAAAGCUUUGGUAAACAAAUGUCGGGCCAGAGCAGGUUUUAAGUAGGCCCUUGUACCUGCCAAGUUCAUUCUGGGGUAGGAUGUUUCCUUUGUAAACAUGUUAAUAUUUUCGUCUGGGGUUGCACAUUAAUUAAUUUAAAAAAAAAAAAAUGCCGUAUGAUGUAGCUUUUAGUACCACGUUAUACUGUGACAAUGCAUAUUGAGCUGUGCUGUGUCUCGCAAAUUUGGCACCGAUGCAACCUCACUAACAAGCUAGCGGCUAAUAUCCCUUCACAGUACAAAGCUGUUUCCAAAUAAAAAAAUAAUACAACUGGAAAUGACGCAGUAUGUUACUGCUUACAUAAUCAGGUAUGUUAGUAGUAAUAGUAAUUCAGUGUUUGUAUUUGAGUGGGCCCCAGACCCCUCUGUAGUGAAAAAGUUGGUCGGGCCCCGAGGUAAAAAAUGUUAAGUAUCCCUGGUUUUCAAUGUGUGAUUAUUUUUUGUAUGUAAACCAGUUCCAAACAGCCCGGUUACAAUUUUAUAAAUGUAUUUCAGUUUUUGCUUGGAAUAUUUAAAAAAUGGAAAAUGUUGUCAUUUACUCACCCUCUUACUGAGAUGAAGUCAAGUGGGGUUUUUUUUAACUACGGUACAUGGUUUGCUCAACAAGGAGUUAAAAAAACUACACCUGACUUUUUCACGUGUGGGGCGGUAUAGCUCGGUUGGUAGAGCGGCCGUGCCAGCAACUUGAGGGUUUCAGGUUCAAUUCCCGCUUCCGCCAUUCUAGUCACUGCCGUUGUGUCCUUGGGCAAGACACUUUACCCACCAGCUCCCAGUGCCACCCACACUGGUUUAAAUGUAACUUAGAUAUUGGGUUUCACUAUGUAAAGCGAUUUACAUUUACAUUUGAUCUUAGCGCCGCU